AUGGCUUCAAAGUGGUCUCGAUCAAAAAAGCCGCGCAGAGCGGGAUUCGCACGUGAAGUCCUAGAAGUCAGUCCCGGACAAGGAAAACGCUGGUCGGUAUGGCCAAGGUGCCUCGAUGACAUCCAGCAGUCUUUGAGACUCGGACUCAAAUACACCUUCGAGCCUUCGCGCUUGGCUUCAGGACGUACCGACAUUUGCGAGACGUUGCUGAAGGGAAGCUUCAAAUGCACCAACGUCAAAUGCUCGGGCAGAUUCUGGACCACUGGAGGCAUCGCCACGAACAUACAGCGCUAUUCUGCCCGACGCCAGUUCAACGUGACGAUCGAACACCAGAAAUGCGGCAGGUGUGGUAAAUUCGGCAGGCCAAGUCUAAACAAGCAUGCCUUCAUCAAAGUCGUCUCUCAGUGCCUCCGAUUCUGGAACGGUCUCGCGGAUGAGCUUCCUUUCCGGGCCAAGAAAUUCAACAACAAGUCCCGUCAUCACGCCAGGUUAUGUGGCGGUUGCAAAAAGAGCACCUGUCAUGAAGGGCGCCUAGUCAAGCCUGAAGAAUUUGACAAGCACGACAUUGAAUUCGAAUCCGAAGACUCUGAUGGGUCUGAAGACUGUGUAGACUUUGUAGACCCUGAGGAUUUUAUCAACGUCCAGCGCAAUUUCAUCAAUGCCAUUGGUACCGGGUCCAAGAAACCAAUGAAUGAGCAAACGACCUGA